GAUGUUUCAGUAUACACCCGGUCCCUCUCGCUCCGACUCUUUCUCUCUCUGCAAUGUCGCCGUUGGCCAUCGAAACGCCGUCGUAGCAUAAACCCUAGGGGUGAAGCUCGGUUUUUUUAAUUUAAGCAUCGAAGUAGGGGGUUAACUUGCUUUGGUCAUUUAUAGCUUGGACGACAGAGUUCUCUUUCAUGAUGCCUUCGAUUUUAAGCAGUUUUCGAUGUAUGGUUGACUGUGGGAACAUAGACCUUACGUUUUGAUGCUAGCUCUCACCUAAAGCUUUAUAGAUUUGGAGGAUGUGAUGCUAUAGAAGAGAUGUUGGUAAUUGUUGCCAUAAAUUGAUUGGUGUAGAAAACGGGAAAAUGGCUCAACAACAUGGGGGGGUCACCGAUGAUGGUGACGAUGAUUCCAACGAUGGUGGAGAAGUGGAUGCUUUUCAACGCUCUCUAGUUCAGGAUGAGCUCGGGAAUUUCCCAGAGCCACAUGUUGGAAUGGAGUUUGAUUCCGAACAUGCAGCCAAGUUGUUUUAUGAAGAUUACGCAAGUCAUGUGGGAUUCAAUACACGAGCGAGCUAUAAUCAGUCAAAUGGUGGCAGCACGGUUGCAUCUCGAGAUUUUUUUUGUUCCAGCAACAGUUUGAAUAAAAGAGCUUCUGAGAACUGUAAAGCUUUACUUAGAAUUGAGUUGAGAGGCAAUAACAAGUGGAUUGUAACAAAAUUUGUAAAGGAGCAUGUCCAUGCUGGUGUGAGUCAUAAUAAGGUGCAUCACCUCAAGCCGAAGAAGCACUUUGCAGAAAGUUUCAAUGACAUGGAUGGACUUCCAAGUGGCAUGAUGUAUGUGUCCAUGGAUGGGAAUACUGUUUCUCCGGAGGUGAACAAUGUAGGGAAACAUAUAUCCGGUUCAGGAUUAACGCCUACUGUGAAGCACUUUAACUCAUCAUGCUAUUCACCAAUGUGUUCCAUUCGAAGAAGAACACUAGGUAGAGAUGCUCAGAAUCUCCUCGACUAUUUUAAGAAGAUGCAGGCUGAGAACCCAGGAUUCUAUUAUGCCAUACAGCUUGAUGAAGAGAAUCGCAUGGCUAAUGCAUUCUGGGUUGAUUCUAGGUCAAGAACGGCUUAUAGUCAUUUUGGGGAUUCUGUUGUUCUAGAGGCAAAGUACAUUAAAAAUCAAUACAAUGUUCCGCUUGCUCCGUUUACAGGGGUGAACCAUCAUGGUCAGAUUAUAUUAUUUGGUUGUGCACUGCUUCUGGAUGAAUCUGAAGCUACAUAUAUAUGGCUAUUUAAGACAUUUUUGGCUGCCAUGAAUGAUCGUGCUCCCCUCUCACUAAUCACAGAUAAAGACCGAGCCAUACAGGUUGCAGUUGCCCAGGUGUUUCCGGAUGCUUGCCAUCGUGCAAGCCAGUGGCAUAUGUUGAGAGAAGGUCAAGAAAAAAUGGCCCAUGUAUGCCGUAUGCAUCCUACUUUUCAGGUGGAUCUGUACAACUGCAUCAACAUGACCGAGACAAUUGAGGAAUUUGAAUCAUACUGGUUGUCUAUACUUGACAAGUAUGACCUGAAGAAGAAUGUUUGGCUUCAAUCUAUGUAUGAUGCCCGAAGGCAAUGGGCGCCCGUUUAUUUCCGAGACACUAUCUUUGCCACUGCUUUCCCAAGUUUAGGAUACGAGAAUUCAUUUUUUGAUGGCUAUGUGAAUCAGCAGACUACUUUGCCAAUGUUCUUCAGGCAGUAUGAAAGAGCUUUGGAGAAUUCAUUUCAAAGAGAAGUGGAAGCUGAUUUUGAUACUAUGCACACAACCCCGGUGUUAAGGACACCUUCGCCUAUGGAAAAACAGGCUGCUAAUUUAUAUACGAAGAGAAUAUUUUCAAAAUUUCAAGAGGAGCUAGUCGAGACAUUUGUAUAUACAGCAAAUAGGAUUGAUGGAGACGAGCUUAACAGUACAUACAGAGUUGCGAAAUUUGAGGAUGACAACAAAGCAUAUUUUGUAUCAUUGAAUAUACCAGAAAUGAAAGCGAAUUGUAGCUGUAAGAUGUUUGAGUAUUCUGGCAUCCUCUGUAGACACAUUCUGACAGUUUUUACUGUAACUAAUGUACUCACCUUGCCAUCUCAUUACAUCUUGAAUCGGUGGACAAGAAAUGCUAAAACCACAGUUUUAGGUGAUGAUUGCAAUGAGCUGCGGGGCCAUGAAUCUCUUACAACAAGAUACAACUAUCUAUGCAAGGAAGCAAUUAGAUUUGCCGAGGAGGGGGCUACAACAACAGAAACUUGCAGUUCAGCACUCCUUAGUCUUAGAGAAGGUGGCAUGAAGGUUUCAAAUGUUAAAUCAAGCAUAGCAAAAUCUAUACCGUCGAGCUCUCAGGUAUUUGGUCUUGGUUACGAUGACCGAAGAUCAUUUGUGGAGAAUUUGGAGCUGGCCCCUUUACUGUGGCCACAACAAGAUGAUGUAGGAAGACAAUUUAAUCUUAAUGAUGCUGGUGUUCCUAGUCAACUCAUGUCCAGUUCGAAUGUCCAGCGAGUAUCGCCUGUUUUGCUUAACCGCAGCAGUCAUCUCAGUGAUAAUACGGUUGCUCUUCCUUGUCUUAAGUCAAUGACUUGGGUAAUGGAGAACAAGAACUUGACUCCAGCUGAUAGGGUAGCAGUAAUAAACCUUAAAUUACAAGAUUAUAGUAGGAUGCCUGCAGUAGAAUCUGAGGUGAAGUUCACGCUGUCGAGGGUCACACUGGAGCCCAUGUUGAAGUCCAUGGCCUACAUCAGUGAUCAGCUCUCUACCCCUGCCAAUAAGGUUGCCGUCAUCAAUUUAAAGCUUCAAGAUGCCGAAACAACAUCAGGGGAAUCAGAGGUAAAAUUCCAGGUGUCGAGGGAUACUUUGGGGGCCAUGUUGAGAUCAAUGGCAUACAUCCGUGAGCAGCUUUCAGUUGUGGUUGACCCGAAACAAGACAAUCCAGCCAAAAAGGCGCGGAAGUAGACAAUGGUUCCUUCAGUCACGUGGAUUCCUCAUUAUCUCAGGUGCCUUCCUGUCCUGUGUAUGUAAUUCAUGUUUGUAGAUGUGGCUUUUCUUGAAUCUUUGUCCAUAGAUGAGCUGAUUGAUCGCCCUCAAAUGUUAGAAGAUGAGAAUGUUGUUUGAAUUAUGUAUAUAUGUGUGUAUGUAUUAUGUAUAUAUGUGUGUUCGCCCUUA